AAGCAGAAAGCUAUUUCUGCUCUCAUUCGUGCACCACGCGUUGCGCAAUCGAUUGGCUGGUGAUUCCCACGCGGAGAAUCAAUACUCAAGUCACGGGACACUCAUUCCCUGCGCGCGUUUCAGAUUCCCAUUAGAAAAUCCGCAUCACGAGUGUGGAGGUACAGUCCGGAAGUUACGUAGAAACAUUUGAUUGAUAAACAGUAUCAAAGAGUCAAAUAAAUUGAAAGAAACGUCACUCGAAUGACUUUUUUUUCUUUCCUAAAAAUGUAACCUGUGAUAUAAAGUGCAUGUAAUCUUCUGAAUGGAGCGGCUCCGAUUGCACGCUGUUAUAUCACACCGUGUAGUAAAACGCAGUGAUGCUCUGUAGAGAUCUAAAUAGAACGAUACUUUUCAUGGAAAUGUUCGUUUGUUAAUUCGGGAUCGGGGUGCAGUAAUCGUGCUCGAUGCUGGGUAGAGUGUUGAGCUGGCAUUGGGAUCUGCUCCUGCACAGCGCCUUGUGCACCCCACUUACACCACUGCCGUGUGUGUGUGUGUGUGUGUGAGGAAAAGGAAGUGACGAUCGGGACAGUCUGCAUACCCCCGCGGAAGCAGGCGGGUUGUCCUGUAGAAACACGUUGUGGGUCGGGAGAGAACUGGGUUCUGACGUGUGGAGAAACCCAGUCAACACGGGUUCACUGGACAGCUCAGCGCGAUUCAAACCGGCCGUCCACCCAGACACAGACACGCUCGCCCUGUGAGAGGAAAGCGAAGCCACGCUCAGCGGACCCCAGCCGUUCUCAGGACGGCUAAGUAGUUUAUUGUAGUUUUUCUCCAACCAGGAGAGCAUGGCGGAUUAUCUGAUCAGCGGCGGGACGGGCUAUGUCCCGGAGGAUGGACUCGCGGCCCGGCAGCUUUUCAACUGCGGAGACGGACUGACUUACAAUGACUUCCUCAUCCUGCCCGGGUACAUCGACUUCACAGCAGAUCAUGUGGACCUGACCUCUGCCCUGACGAAGCGCAUCACACUGAAGACCCCCCUGGUCUCCUCUCCCAUGGACACAGUGACCGAGUCCAGCAUGGCCAUCGCCAUGGCACUCACGGGAGGGAUUGGAUUUCUGCAUCACAAUUGCACACCGGAGUUCCAGGCCAAUGAAGUGCGCAAAGUCAAGAAGUACGAGCAGGGUUUCAUCACAGACCCCGUGGUGAUGAGUCCUCAGAAGCGUGUGCAGGACGUGUUCCAGGCGAAGGCACGGCACGGGUUCUGUGGUAUUCCGAUCACAGAGAGUGGGAAGAUGGGCGGGAAGCUGGUGGGAAUCAUCUCCUCCCGAGACAUCGACUUCCUGAAGGAGGAGGAGCACAGCCUGCCACUCAGCGAGGUGAUGACGAAGCGCGAGGACCUGGUUGUGGCCCCGGCGGGAGUCACUCUGAAAGAGGCCAACGAGAUCCUGCAGCGCAGCAAGAAGGGGAAGCUGCCCAUCGUGAACGAGCAGGGGGAGCUGGUCGCCAUCAUCGCGCGCACCGACCUCAAGAAGAACCGUGACUUCCCGCUCGCCUCCAAGGACGCCAAGAAGCAGCUGCUGUGCGGAGCCGCCAUCGGCACUCACGAGGACGACAAGUACCGGCUGGACCUGCUGGCAAAGGCCGGCGUGGACACGGUGGUGCUGGACUCCUCUCAGGGGAACUCAAUCUACCAGAUCAACAUGAUCCAAUACAUCAAGGAGAAGUACCCAGAACUGCAGGUCAUCGGGGGCAACGUGGUGACGGCGGCCCAGGCGAAGAACUUGAUUGAUGCUGGGGUCGACGCUCUCAGAGUGGGUAUGGGCAGCGGAUCCAUCUGCAUCACACAGGAGGCUGCUCCCAGUGUCCCUCCAGAUCUCAGGUCCCACAGCCCCAAAAGCCCAUCUAUAGUAACGGGAUUUUGUAUGCUGGCGUGUGGACGGCCUCAGGCCACGGCGGUCUAUAAGGUGUCGGAGUACGCGCGGCGCUUCGGGGUCCCGGUGAUCGCCGACGGGGGGAUCCAGACGGUUGGGCACAUCGCCAAGGCACUGGCACUCGGGGCAUCCACAGUGAUGAUGGGCUCCCUGCUGGCUGCCACCUCCGAGGCUCCCGGAGAAUAUUUCUUCUCUGAUGGGAUUCGGCUCAAGAAGUACCGCGGCAUGGGCUCUCUCGACGCCAUGGACAAGAACCUGGGCUCCCAGAACCGAUACUUCAGCGAGUCUGAUAAGAUCAAGGUGGCUCAGGGGGUGUCGGGGGCGGUGCAGGAUAAGGGCUCCAUCCACAAGUUCGUCCCGUACCUAAUCGCAGGGAUCCAGCACUCCUGCCAGGACAUCGGGGCAAAGAGCCUCACGCAAGUCAGGUCUAUGAUGUACUCGGGGGAUCUGAAGUUUGAGAAGCGCUCCACGUCGGCGCAGGUGGAGGGCGGGGUGCACAGCCUGCACACGUAUGAGAAGAGGUUAUUCUGAGGACGCUGUGAGGAUCUGACCAGCUGCUCUGCUUGAGUGUUCCCAGUCCUCCCAGUCCAUCCCAGCACUCCACACGCCAGGCAGCCAAUAGCAACUGGGGGGGGGGGUGUGGCCUGUACAGACAGUCCUCUGUGUGUGUGAUAUGCAGUCUCAUGAAUGCGACAGUGUGUGUGUUUGUGUGCCAACAGUUCUGUACAGAAUAUUUUAUUCCCUUAAAAUGACCUGAGAGUUCAAAACAUGAACUCUUUGUAUUUUUUCCAUGAUCCCGUUCUCUCUCUCUCUCUCAUCUUCUUGUGUGUUUGAUCCCUGUCUGCAGUACAGUGUCGUUCAUGCAGGGACUGGUUCAUUAGCAAAGCUCAUGAUUUUAGCCAGACCUGAAUUUCUGCACUCGCUGGUAGAAUAUUAAUACAGCAGAAGCUCAAAGCUAGGAACACAGCUGGACCGGAGACUGACUAUCAGAUGUGAUGUCUGAGACUCUCAGUCUGCUAUUGUUUUCAGUGCUUUCAUUAGCAUCUACUGGAUUAACCCAUUAAGUGGACAGGCUACUUUGUCAUGUUCUGGAGUCUGUUUAACUGGCAUCUGCCUCUUUAACUACAUUGUUAUAAGAACUUACUCUUUUUGUUAAACGCUAAAGUGAAGUCUGAUGCAGCUGCUGAUUCAUGCCUUUCUGAUGACUCGAUAUAAAAUAACUGAAGGCUGAAAAUAA